UAUUGCGUCUUACUAUUCGUCUCAUUUGAUUCAGCUUAUUUCCUUCUAAGCACUACAGUGUUCAUCAACUUCACAAUACUUAGUGACAGGUUAAAGAAAACAUGUGGUACUAGAUGUAUGGAGACUUUAAAAGAUUUAACAAGGUGUCAUCAACACAUAAUCAGAUUAUCCGAAAUAUUAGACGACAUUUUUGAUGUGCCAAAUUUGUUGAACGUGUUAUUAGGAUCGCUUCAGAUAUGUUUCCUCGGAUUCACUAUAAUGAUGGGCACUUGGUCACAAAUUCCGCAGUCAGUUUUUUUAUUAAGCUCAAUCCUGCUACAGCUACUAAUGAUGAGCUAUUUCGGAGAAAAUAUUAUGUCAGAGAGCAGGAGAGUGGGAGACGCGGCUUUUCAGUGUAACUGGUAUAAUAUGGAUGGGAAUUCAAAAAAAAUGAUUCAUGUUUUAAUUUUGAGAUCGCAGAAAUCACAGCAUUUAACAACGUAUAAAUUUUCAAAAAUAUCAUUUGCGAGCUUCACGACUUUAAUAAGCAAGUCUUGGUCGUACUUUUCUAUACUAAAGACAAUUUACAGACCACCAGACAGAUAUUCUUAGUUGGAUAAUUAAUUUAUUGAAAUCAUAAUAAAGGCCUUGUAUUAAAUUGUG